GCACAUUUCCAUUGCGUUUAUUCCUCCGAAAACACACCCUUGCCGAUCCACCACAGUGUGAGAGAGUUUUCCACCUUGGUCGGUUCCUUGGCCGCCGGUUCAUCGGGGUUUGGUUCACCGUCAUCAGCGUCCAGGUUCGCCGCGGAAUGUGGAAAAUGGUACUGCCCACUCGCUGUUGCCAUAAUGGGUCCGUGCGGAUGAAACGAAACACCGUUCAGGCAGUCCCAGUGCAGCGGGAACAGCAACUCCUUCGGCCGGCCCGCUUCGUCCGUCUCGUGCAGGUUCCACGCGUGAAGAAUGCCUCGAGUAUCGCCACUGAUCAGCCACCGUCCACCAGGGGAAAAGGCCAGGUGUAUGCGCUGAUUGGUGCCACAGGUUCGGACCAGCGUUUGGACCGGUUGCGUCAGCUUCCGCACAUCCCAGAACAGCACUUUCGGAUCCUUGCGUGCGCCGGUAACGAACCGCUCCUCCGUGUCGGGCGCAAAGCCUAUCCAAGUGACACCCGCCGUGUGGCUGUUCUCGGGGGCAUAGUUCCCGACCGGCAAACAUUCGCCGGACCGCACAUCCAGCGCGGAGAUGCUACGGUUCCACGAGCCGAACAGGAUCGUGUCCGGCAUGGACGAUGCGAUCGCCAUACAGGAGGCGGUGGAUUUCGUGCGCCACGAGCCCGUCUCCCGCCCCGGUACGUUAAUGUCGAAGCACUUGAUCGAUUUCUUGUAUCCGCCGUAGAUUGUGGCCCCAUCGGCCGGUGCGAAGGCGAGGCUGAGGGCUGCCUCCACCUCGUCGAACUGGUCGUAGCCCUUGUACGAACAGCGCAGACCGCCCGUAAAUGCGUCCCACAGCUGUAUGGGUUCGUGCUGGCGGGACGCGAUCCAGCAGCACGUUUCCGGCCGCCCACUGUUCAUACCCGGAUACCAGGCGUAAUCGUACACGAGGCCGCCCUCCUUCACGUGCACGGCCGAGGUCAGCAGAUCGACGGGACGCUCCUCGGGCACACUUUCCUUACCGUACAGAUCGGUCGGCAGUUCGACGAUGUGCAUUCCAUCGUUGUUGACCGCGGUCAGGACGCACGUGCCGUCCGGCGACCAGCGGCAGCCUUGCAGAUAGUUCUGUCGCACCGGGCGAUCCCACGAGCAGCGGGCCACCUCUAUGCAGGCAGCGUCUUUGAAGAAAUGUGCUUCCGCCACUGGACUGCACUCAGCAUCCGCAUCCGUUUCCUCGGUCUGCAUGGGCACAUCUUGCUCGGGGGUAUUUGGCGCAUCCUGUUCUUCUUCCGCAAUAUCUUGCCCAUUAGCACCGGGAUGUUGAUCCGUUUCGUCUUGGCUCAUUUUUUUAAAUGUAAACAAACGCUGCUCGGCGGUGCCAAAAAUUACCUGCAGCUGUCAAUUGCGCCGGUAGCGGCAGGUCGUCUGGCAACACUGUCAGGGAAAUGUUGUGACAGCAGGCCAUGAUUUUUUUCCCUCUUCUUCUGCCUGCCUGUGUGUUUGUGUGAGUACAAUUUUCUCGUAAAUGCAGAUCUCUGAUCGCAUUCGGAGAAGAAAACAAAGUCGUAUCACACCGCGGUGCCGUAACUUUUGUGGAUAGCUGCCGAGAAAAGGACGUUCAAACCCGCAGGAUGUUCCUCGUGUCCCGUCUCGUUGUCCGUGGCCAAGCGCACGUGAAGGUUUGCGCCAGGCUAGCCGCUCUCCAGUCCAGCCGCCACAUUAGUACCGGGCGCGCGGCAAGCAAAGAUGUAGGCUUCCGCACGGAGUCGGACACGUUCGGCGAGCUGAAGGUGCCGAACGACAAAUACUACGGUGCCCAGACCGUACGCUCGACGAUGAACUUCCCGAUCGGUGGACCGACCGAACGGAUGCCCCAGCCCGUCAUCACUGCGAUGGGCAUCCUGAAGAAGGCGGCCGCCCUGGUGAACAAGGAGUACGGGCUGGAUCCGAAGAUUGCCGACGCGAUCGCGCUGGCCGCGGACGACGUGAUCUCCGGCAAGCUGUACGACGACCACUUCCCGCUCGUGAUCUGGCAGACGGGCUCGGGCACGCAGACGAACAUGAACGUGAACGAGGUGAUCAGCAACCGGGCGAUCGAGCUGCUCGGCGGCCAGCUCGGCUCGAAGACGCCCGUCCACCCGAACGAUCACGUCAACAAGUCACAGUCGUCGAACGACACCUUCCCGACGGCGAUCCACGUGUCGGUGGCCCGCGAGCUGACGGGCAAUCUGCGCCCCGCCAUCCAAACGCUGCACGACGCACUGAAGGCCAAGUCGGACGAGUUCAAGGACAUCAUUAAGAUUGGCCGCACGCACACGCAGGACGCGGUGCCGCUGACGCUCGGCCAGGAGUUCAGCGGGUACGUGCAGCAGAUGGCCUUCGCGCUGGAUCGUAUCGAGGCGGUGCUGCCGCGCGUGUACAUGCUCGCCAUCGGUGGUACCGCGGUCGGUACGGGGCUGAACACGCGCGUCGGGUUCGCGGAGAAGGUGGCGGCCAAGAUCGGCGAGCUGACGGGGUUGCCGUUCGUGUCGGCGCCGAACAAAUUCGAAGCGCUGGCGGCGCGCGACGCGAUGGUGGAAGUGUCCGGCUGUUUGAACACGAUCGCCGUCAGCUGCAUGAAGAUUGCGAACGACAUUCGCUUCCUCGGUUCCGGACCGCGCUGCGGGCUCGGUGAGCUGAGCCUGCCGGAGAACGAACCGGGCAGCUCGAUCAUGCCGGGCAAGGUGAAUCCAACGCAGUGCGAAGCGAUGACCAUGGUGUGCGCGCAGGUGAUGGGCAACAAUGUGGCCGUUACGGUGGGUGGAUCGAACGGCCACUUUGAGCUGAACGUGUUCAAGCCCCUGGUCGUCUCGAACGUGCUGCGAUCGAUCCGGCUGCUCUCGGACAGCGCCCGUACCUUCACGAAGAACUGUGUGGUGGGCAUCGAGGCCAACCGGGCCAACAUUGACAAAAUCAUGAACGAGUCGCUGAUGCUGGUCACGGCACUGAACCCGCACAUCGGCUACGACAAGGCGGCCAAGAUUGCCAAGACAGCACACAAGGAAGGCACCACGCUGAAGCAGUCCGCCCUCAAGCUGGGCUACCUGACCGAGCAGCAGUUUGCCGAAUGGGUCCGACCGGAGAACAUGCUGGGACCGAAGUGAAGUCAUUGAAAGAAGAGAAAACAACAACAAAAUACACAACACAUUCAUCCGAUCACAAACAGUCGUCAACGGUGGUGCAACAAUUUCGAAAAAUGAACGAGUAGAAGAAUGAAUUAUUUA